UUUUGCUUUUGACUCUUGAUUGCCUCCCUCAACAUCGAUCCGCUAGUCUCUGAUACAGCUGUAGUCGACUCUCUCAUAACAACCGCUCAUCAUGUCUGCGGACAAUACUCCUGCCAUCGCGGGACCGCGGCCGCUGCAGCAAGACGACAUCGACAGGAAGAUAAAAGAAUUCGACUCCGUCCCGCUCUUCAUGAAGUCCCUCCCGGAGAGCGAGGACGCAGCGGCCCCGUCGCUCGACGCGCUGCAGAGCCUGAUCUACGAGGGAACGCCGGAUGAGAUCGCGCAGAAUUUCAAGGAGCAGGGGAAUGACUAUUUCAAGGGGAAGCGCUAUCGCGAGGCGCUGGGGUUCUACACGCAGGGGCUGGACGCGAAGCCGCAAGACUCGGCUAUCCUCGAAGCCCUGCUGUGCAACCGCGCGGCGUGUAACCUCGAGCUGCAGAACUACGGCUCGGUCCUGAAAGACUGCUCGAGGGCGCUGACGAUCAACCCCCGGUCGUCGAAGGCGUACUACCGCUCCGCGCUGGCGUUGCUCGCGCUGGACAAGCUGGAGGAGGCGCUGGACUGCUGUGAUCGGUGUCUGGCGUAUGAUAGGGAUAAUAAAGGCGUGCAGGGCGUGCGGGAGAAGGUGAGCAGGAAGAAGGAGGAGAAGGAUAGAAGGGAGAGGGAGAAGGCGGAGAAGAUGAGGAAGGAGCGGGAGGAGAAGAUGAAGAUGAGGAAAGCGUUAGAGGAACGGCAUAUCUUCUCGGUGCACGAUCCCGACGCCCCGCCCAACCCGUACGAACCCCAUUUCGACCCGGAAGAUCCGUCAGGCAAGACGCUGAUAUUCCCCGUGUUCUUCCUCUACCCCCAAUACGCCACCUCCGACAUCGUCCCCACGUUCGUCGAGGACACGCCCUUCUCCCUGCACAUCUCGACCAUGUUCCCGCCGAACGCGCCUCCGCCUGAAUGGGACAAGAAGGGGGAGUACGUCGACGGGAACUUGGUGAUAUACGGGAUUACGCGGCGGAAGCGGCUGCUGAAGGUGGGGAAGAAGAUGUCGCUGAAGGAUUUGUUUGCUGCGGCGCAGGAGAAGCCGGGGGAGGAGAAGGAUGGGCUGGAGCUGAAGGAUGGGUGCGUGACGGUGGUGAUAUUGCCGAAAGGGGACGAGGAGAAGAAAUGGGUCGAGGAGUUCAAACGGAAUAGGGCGUCGUGAGCAGGCGUGGCUGUUUUACGAUCGAAACUGUCCGAAUGCUGUCCGAAUGUCAUUGAUGGACGGUAAAUUCAAGUGCUCUGGUCAUUCCCAGUCUUGCUAAAUCGCACCCUAGUGAGGACUACAG